GUCAAAUUCGAUCAAGGAUCUCUAAUGUCAAAGUCAAAUUUGUCAAACUCAAAACUCGAGUGAUUUUGUGACGAUGGAAUUCCGAUGUGAAAAACAAUAAAAAUGUUCAACAAAGUGAUUCAACGCGCCUUAAAGUUUAGAUUAAAGAAGAGUUAUCCCACGAAUAUUUAUGAUUUGUCUCGUGGUUCGGCCAUAGCGGUGCGCAGGCCGUAUAGUGAUGAAGUGCGUCGCGCGCAGGCGCAGAGCGUCGCGGCGCCGGGGCCGACGAUUUUUGACAAAAUAAUCUCGAAAGAGAUCAAAGCUGAUAUUAUUUACGAAGAUGAGCAGUGUUUGGCGUUCAACGACGUGUCCCCGCAGGCGCCCGUGCACUUCCUAGUGAUACCAAAGCGAAGAAUUCCAAGGUUGCAAGAUGCGGAACCUAAUGAUAUGGAGCUACUUGGCCACCUAAUGUUGGUUGCGAGGUCGCUGGGAGCGGCCCGGGCCCCCUCGGGCUGGCGGCUGGUCGUCAACAACGGUCGUGACGGCGCCCAGUCUGUGUACCAUCUACAUUUGCACGUGUUGGGAGGCCGUCAGAUGGGAUGGCCGCCGGGAUAGGAUGGGGAAGAAACUAUUGUAAAGUAUUAGCUGGGAAUUUACUUUGUUUUACACGACGUAUUUAAACGCAACAUAUAGUAAUCGGCACGGAUAAUGAGCUCUCGGCGGGAGAGUGGGGAUCGCUUUGCGCACUGUACACUUAAGGCAAUAAACCAAUAAAUCGCUUCUGCGCAGGGAAGGUCAGGGCUAUCCUUGCCGAUGAUUAUAGUACUGUAAAGCCGGCCUUGUAAAUUUCGCUAAAGUCGCGUAAGUAGCUAAUUUACGGUAAAUAUAAAAAUCUAACACCGCUAAGUAAGUCGCUUACAGUAUUUUUUAGAUAUUUGAAAGUGACUUACCUACGUAAUUUUUAUUUAAGAAACUUAAAUUGUAAGGACUUGUAACGUUGUGUUUAACAAGUGAAUUCCUAGCUUAAAAACACACAAUUUUUCAUUCAAUGGCGCAGAAGAGACUUUUGUAAAAUAAUUUAUGAAAAAAAUACUAAAAUUCGGAUGCAGAACCCCUUUUGGAAUGUCGGUAAAAAAGAGUCAAUAGAGCAAACAGUUAUGAAUAUUCUAAAAUUGUGUCAUUGAAAGAAAAAAUUGUUUAAUUGAAAUUCUUUUGCAAAAUUGCUUGCUUGAAAUAUAAAGUGACAGAAAAAAGUUUCUUAUUACUUAUUCAAACUAGUAAUCAGUAAGCAGUUUUGCAAAAAUGAGUCAUAAAAUAUUUAGUUUAUAGUAAUUUAUCAAUGCGAAAGAAUAGUUUGUAGUAAACGAAAGUCCAAAGUACUCGCGUUUCAUUUGCCCCUUAUUUUGAAAGAUUAAUUUCUAGUUUUUAACUUUCCAACUGAAACCAACAAAAACCGCAUUAAAAUCGGUUCAGCCAAACGUGAGAUAAUCAUGCACAAAAUUGCAAAACAAUUUUGAUUUUGUUCAUAUUGUAAGACAAUAGUGACGUCCAUUCGCAAAAAUAUAUCGAUAAAAUAUUUCUAAUCAAAUAUGUUAUUAUGUUAUUCUUUUGUGGCAUUUUGCAACUACAGAAACUAUUCGUACGCAUUGAUAAGUGACGUGCGUCGCGAUAAGAGCUGUCGUCACGGCUUACAAUAUCGAUGUCGAUAAGAUGAUGACGCAAUACAGUGACGUCGCUACUCGCGUUGCUCUGCUGUCGAUAAGGGUGGUGUGACAUUUAUCAAAUGUGAAUCAACAAGAAAAGUUGAAGUAGGCUAAUAAAAUAGCACUCUUUCACGUUAAAUUUCAUUGGACAGCACCCCAUAAACAAACCUUUUGAUUCAAAGUUUCCUUUUUAAAAAUUUUAUGAAUAUUUUAUUUGAGUCUGGCUGUUUGCCGAUUUCCGUGGAAAUUUCUUCACGUACCCGGAAAAAAUAUAGCCUAUACUACUCGGAAUAAGAUGAAAAAUCUUUAUUUGUAGAGACAGAAAUAGUCUUGUUACAAAAGUGAUACAAUUUUAUCAAAUCUGUUCAGUGAUUUCGGAGCCUUUAAGGUACAAAUAAAAAAAUCUCUUUAAAUACAAAUACUUCAUAAAUGUCGGUGUAGCCUCUGCAUUUGACGAAGUUGUAAAGUCCUCUUAUGUACAUUGACGUGGACAAAGAUAUUUGACAAAUGUCAUAUCACCCUGAGAGCUACUGCUUAGUAUGAAGGCCCAGGUUCGAUACCCGGGCAAGACGCGCAAGUACAAGAAAUGUUAUGUUUUAUUAAAUGGAGCAAUAUUAUUUUCUUUAUUAAAUUGAAUAUAUUCAAUUACUGAAAUACUGAUUUAAUAAAAUUGACAUAAGAACUAUGUGAAUGUGUAAAACAUGUCUUCACGUUGUUUUUUUUUUGGUAAAAUUUUAUUAAUUUUGUUUUGUAUCGGGAAGGGGUAUUGUGUAAUGUUAAAUAUUUGUUAAUUAAUGUAUGAACAGCUUGUCGAUAAGGAAAACUCUGUUUUUCCUGUUAUAUGUAGAAUGUGGGAAGAUAUUAGUUAUCCAUUUUCAAAUUCUCCGGAAGCCAAGUAUUAUUUGAUAUUGAACAUUUAAUAAUUACAAGUAAUUUCUUUUUGUUUUGCUCAAAAAGAUUGGUUACUUUUUAUUUCAGUUUUUUUUUGUAAAAGAGCUGAUUUUACCAUUUCAAACUAUAUUCACAGACAUUUAAUUUUGGUUAUUUUACAGAAUUGUUGUAAAAAAUAAAAAAAAUACAUUAAGAAAGUGAAUCCUCUGGAUACAUUUUCCUAAAAAUUAUAGUAACAUGGUUGUACCAGCUCUUAAUAUUAACCUGUCUACGCUAAGAUAAACUUAGUUUAGUACCAGGUUCGUUAAAUGUUAAAAAUAUACUUUGAAGUAUUACUUCCCAACAUUCUGCAUAUACAAUGACACUCGUUAUAACUCUGUAAUAUAAGAAAGUGCCUUAAAUUGGCCAGCAGUGCCAAAAACAAGCCUUCUCGAUGGACGACAAGAUUUGGUCGGAUUAUAUCAGAUUGAAAGCUGGUUCUAACAGUACUGUGAGUCAGCACAUUUAUGGCGGAACGCAGAGGCAAUUUAAAGGUGUAAUUAUAAUUAAUUAUGAAUGUCAAUGUCGAAAAUAUUCGGUCUUUAAAAAAAUUUCUUCGAUGUGCUCCGCCAAUUUUGCGCCGUAAGCUACCUAGCUUGCUAACUUUGUUGUAAAUCUUCGGUAAAACAACAUCAAAGUAUGAAGUCAAAAUACGUAACUGGUACUUUAUUCUAAAACGGUUUCUUAAAGGUGCCAGCUUUAGUAUCAAGUUUAAACCAUAAGCUUGUUCAUGGUACUGUUUUAAACCUAGUACUAUCAAAGCCAACGUUGCCAUCGAGAAGCAUCGCCUAACCUAAGAGUUGAAACGCAUACGAAAUCGUGUCAUAUUGGAGCCAUUGUUAAUUUUAAUUAGAUUGUAGUGCAAUAUAGUUGCCAAAUUAUAUUUAGGGGUUAUUUUUAGCUGCUUAUAAACAUUGGCUGGACGUUGGAGACCAAUGUGGGCCAACAUUGGUGAGAAGUCGAACUGAAUGGCUCGUAAGCACUUCGUGGUGAUAAAUAAUCAAAGUCAUUUUUUUACUUCAAUUAAGCCUAUAAAAGCUCUUUCGAAACUUCUUUCAAACUAGGUGCAAGGUUCCAAAGAGGUGGUCUCAUAGAGAAGAACCGGAAAGAAAACUCCAUGGACACUCUUUUUAAAAGAAAAAAAUAUUAUUUACUAAAGUUUUUAGUUAGAAAGUUAUACAAUAGUCUUAUAAAGUUCCUCCAUGCGAAUAAUAAAUUACCGCCACGACAGUGCGAACGAGUUCAGAUUUUUGCGAGUUCUUGAAUUAAUCUUUUUGGUGACCAUUGGCCCGCCAGCGCAGGCCACUGUUUACAAGCAGCACAACUGUCUCAAACACAGCGACGCCACAGUUUGAUACCUUCUGCUGGCAACACAGGGGGCGAUAGUGUGCUCACACAACACGUCAACCUGGCAACACCAUCAAUGAGACAGAUACAUGAAUCUGUACUUUUGAACCAGAGUCUCAAAUAGUAUGUGUUUAGCCCAGUGCAUUGUAUUAUUUAGAAUAUUUCACAAAUAUAGUUAGUAGAUGCAAUUUGACUGAUAUAAUUUAGACAAAUAAGUAGUAUUUCGUAAUUCCGUCUACAAAAUAGUAUUAGAAUUUAAAUUAUUACAAAAUAUAGAGCAGUUUUCGGUGUACCAAUAAAAGUGACACAAAAUCGCUCCCCUGUCCUUUUUACAAAAUAUUCGAAACUGGCUCAGAUCGCUUUUCAUAACAACGCUUUUUUCGCAAUAGUACUUUUUUUCUUAUAUAUUACAAAAAAUAAAAAAACUUUUCUUAGUUAAACAAUUAUUAAAAUUACCUCAUUAAUUAAAUUUGAAUGAUCUGAGUAGUGAGUGAAUCUCGUGUAAUAAUGUUCACUUUGGAAUUGGUUUAGCAUUCUAGUCAGCUCGGUUCGCGCCGCUCGUCUCAAACUGUGGUUCAAAUGGCGGGAACACGGCACAAUGUACUGUCUCAACGGCUUAUCUACUUGAGUAGACAGUGCCUAUAAACUUACGGCCGUUCCCAAUAAUCUAUCUGUCUCACUUACUAAAGAUAGGAAUUUGAUGUAACUUGUCAAUAUGUCUAUGUUGACAAAUGUCAAAAUUCUAUCUCUGGUAGGUCAAACAAUAGAUAGAUAGAAUAUUGGGAAGACCCGUUAAUAGGUUUGUCGAUAGAUAAAAAUGAGCUUUAAUAAGAAAAUAGAACAGUAAAAAUUGUGACCAGAUUAAUUUCAGUGUCUACUAAAAUGUAUCUAUGUAACGGUAAUGCUGUUUCCUAUUUAUUUUUAUCGAUAUGUUUUAUCUGUCGACACUUUCGUUUUUUAACGACAGUCCAAUGUGACGUGUCCCCCCACUAGUCGACGUAGUCAGUCGCUCAGUUAAUGCAUAUCUUAGUUUUAGUUGUUUUUUUUUUUUCAUUUUAAUUGAUUUUUAUUCAGCCCCCGACUUCUUGGUUAGUCAGCUGUAUUUGAUCGUAUGUUUAAAAUAAUCAAAUUUUGGAAAAUUAAAAAAUCCAUUCAAAUUUUUGUUAUAAGUAUGUAUUUCGCUAACCUGUUUAAAACUGCCAUUGUAAAUGCAGUCUAGUACAAAUAGUUUAAAGUAAUUUUAGCUAGACGAACCAAAAAAUAAUAUUAAUCUGCCAUUCAACUAUUUACAUAACCUUUUAGAAGAGUCUUGGGUAAUUAUUGCAUACGUGUAAUCUUUCAAUUUGAAUUGUAAUUCUGGCGUUAACUACAAAAUGACUAUAUUAAUUAUAUUUUUUAUUUUUAUCAAAUGAUUUCGUAAAUUAUUGUCAAAAGGAUAUUUAGUUAAGCAAUACUCAGCCAUUUCGAAGAGUCGGGGGUUAUAUUAUUAUUAUGUUCGUGGUAUGUCGGUUGUGGGUCCGGCUGACGCGAGUUCCGCCAUUUUGUUUUGUUCACAAAAGCGCGCGAACACACGCGUCCGUCGCUCAUCGUUGUUUGGAAUUUAGCGCCAUGUUUAAAUUCUUUAACCAAAGUUUAUUAAAUGAUUUUAUAUUAUGA